AUGGAGGAGGUCAAAAGAUGGUGGAAUGGACCAUUAUGUAUUGCUGGGGAUAUGAAUGCAGUGAGAACUAAUAAAGAAAGAAAUAGAAAAGAUGGAGAUGGAGAUGGAGAUAGCAGAAAUUACGCCUUCUUAAACAAUUUCGUUUUGAAUGAGGAGUUGAUUGUUCAACCUUUGAUAGCUUUCCCUAAUGCUCUUAAGAUUGCUCUGAUUAGAACAAUAUCUGAUCAUAAUCCUAUUUUGGUUAUUACUGAGCCUAGUAUCAGUUCUAAGCCUUAUUUCAAGCUUGAGAAGAGUUGGGUGGAGCAUAAAGAUUUUGUGAAGAAUGUUAAAAUUUGGUGGAGACCAAUAUCCUUUCAAGGUAGUAGCAGUUAUGUUUUCUUUAAAAAGCUUCAAAAUCUUAAGCAUAUGACUAAGACUUGGAGAAUUCAAGAGUUUGGGUCUGUUAGAAGAGAAAAUAUUAUUGUAACUGAAAGAAUUCAUGAUUUGAAUAUUAUGGAGGAGUCUGAUGCAUUAAGUUUAAAUCAUUUAGACGAAAGAUUGCAGUGUAAAUUGAAGCUCAAAUAUAUUGAGGCUUUGGAAGCUAGAAAGUGGCAGUUGAGAGCAAAACAAAAUGGUUUUAGAUGGGGUGAUUCAAAUACAAGAUAUUUCCAUGGUGUUGCUAAUUCUAGGAAGAAAAGAAAUACUAUUGCUAAAUUCCAAAUAGGAGGAGUUGAUUGUUUUGAUUAA